GCUGGCGCCAAGGCCCCGCCCCUACUCCGCGGCGCGUGCGCGGCGGCCGGCGCAUUUCCGGCGGUGGCCAUGGUGACGGCGGCGGUCAGGAAGACUGUUCAGAAAGGGAAGCUCAUGGAUUUCACAACCACAGUCAUCAUCCCGCUGCUUUUUGGCAGCUUGGGGAUCUUCACCCUCUUCCGGCUGCUGCAGUGGAUGCGGAUGCGAGCUUACCUCCGGGAAGCGGUGGUGGUGGUCACUGGGGCUACUUCUGGCCUGGGAAAAGAAUGCGCAAAAGCUUUCCAUGCGGCUGGCUGCAAGCUGGUGCUGUGUGGCAGAGACAGCGAGAAACUCAAAGACGUGGUACAGGAGCUCUCUGCCAUGACCAAUCACCGAAAGAACACACACAAACCUCACACUGUGGUCUUCGACCUCUCGGACACCAGAACGGUCCUAAAUGCUGCUGAAGAGAUCCUGAAGUAUUUGGGUCAUGUGGACAUACUGAUCAACAACGCAGGGAUCAGUUACCGAGGCACAGUUGUGGACACAGGACUGGAUGUGGACAAGAAAGUUAUGGAAACAAAUUACUUUGGUCCUGUAGCCCUCACCAAAGCACUUCUCCCCUCCAUGAUCAAGAGGAGACAAGGCCAUAUUGUGGCCAUCAGCAGUAUUCAAGGCAAAAUAAGCAUUCCUUUCAGAUCAGCAUAUGCUGCCUCUAAGCAUGCUACCCAGGCCUUCUUUGACUGCCUGCGAGCAGAGGUAGAGCAGUAUGACAUCGAUGUGACUGUUAUAAGCCCUGGAUACAUUCAGACAAACCUCUCUCUCAAUGCUGUAAGAGCAGAUGGAUCUCGCUAUGGAGUUAUGGACAAGAACACCGCCGAAGGCCAGACAGCUGCAGAGGUCGCUCAGGUGGUUCUCAGUGCAGUGGGGCAGAAGAAGAAGGAAGUGCUUGUAGCUGGCCUCACACCCUCCUUGGCUGUCUACCUGCGAAACCUCUUCCCCAGACUCUUCUUCACCUUAAUGGCAUCUAGAGCAAAAAAGGAGAGAAAAGCAAAGGACUCUUAGAGCUCAGCCCGUUCGAGCAGUAACUGUAGGGAGAGGCUAACCCCUGCAGCUUGGCCGGGACAUCAGCGGAAGUGCUCCCACAGGAAACACUUCUCGAAAUGCUGCAACUUACCAUUGCAUGGAGAGUGGGAAGCUGCCCUCCCCGCACUAGGGUAGGCCUGUGUGACAGAAGGCAGCACCCAGACCUCACCUGAAGAAGGAUGCUUGGAACAAAGGGAGAGAGCUGAGGCUGCAGGGGGGAGUGACUCAAGGGAACACACUUCACAGCAGGGGAGGCCCACGUGGAAGACAGCACCUUACUUUACCUCACCCCAGGCACACUCAGCUUUACUGGCCUGCUACAAGUAAAACCCACCUGGUUUGCCUGCAUGCCAGCAGAUCUUCGCUUUCCCCACCCCAUGGCCCCUGUGAAAUACAGCCCCCAGCUGGGUGCUCUCAUGAUUACUGUGAUCUUCUCAUUCCCUCCACUGUGCUCCAGAACACAUUGCUUGGAGUGGAAAGCUUCACAGAGCUUCUGCUCGUUAACGUGCCAAGUCAUCUGGUAUGUUAAGCUGGAGUUAAGUCCAGUGCCAUUUCAAAAAAAGUAACUGAUAUAGAAUGCAAGUUUUAUUUGGAAAUGGUAUUAUCUAUCUGAAUCAUGCUUUACUCAAGUACAGGGCCUUUUGACUCUGCACUACUUGACAGUACUGUAUUAAUCCCCAGCACAAAUUAAUGCAGGGGAAGUGCUGAGAAGAUUAAAAAAAAACCAACAAAACCCCCCACAGCAUAGCAAGGCAUGGUGUUGAGUGUAAACACUGUGCAGCUGACAGCCCACCUGGCCCACCUGCAGGCCUGGAGCAGAGAGUAGCUGCGGUUCUUGAGACACCAGGCACUCUUGUCUCCUGGCAAGCAGAGGGGAAUCUGUGCACAAUAGAUGGACACUAGAUAAGACAGACCCUUAGUUCUCACCUGUUUUAAAGCAAUCACAGAUGCUAAUUAGGAUCCACUACUACCAGAUCCGGCAGGGGGGAAGGAUACCUGCUUGUUCAGGUAUCACAGGCUUCAGCACUAAGGGUCGAGACAGUGCCAUAUUCCAUCUUUCAUCCCUUCUCUUGUUCUGGUGCUAAAUAAGGCUUUUUUUCCCUCCAAAACAAGGGAGAGAAGACUUGCAUCCUGCCUAGUCUGAUCCCCAGACAACUCAUGGUGUGAGGGCAACCAGCGAUGCUGGAAAUGGCUCCACAGUUACUGCAGUUUGUUCAGAAAGGACAGAAGUAAAAAAAAAAAAAAAAAAAAGUUAAUUUAAAUAAAGCCUCCUACUAGAAACUAAGGUCCAGAUCCCUGCUGCCACCUCCAUGCACUUACCAGCAUUCUCUGUGUGUACUGCCCUGUGUCCUGCCUAUGAGCGCAUCUCUGAUGACAAAUAAAUUGUAUUGCCAUGAAA